GGUGUGUGAAUACUGGGAUCAGGGAGUGCGAUUGAAUGUAAUGUAACCUACAGCGGGUUACAGUGUGGCCAGGAGCAGGGAGGGAGUAACAUGUUACAAUAGGAAUCGUGUUCAUUGCUAAAAGAGGCUUAUGUGCAUUGCAGUGAAGGUGGAGAUCCGGAGAGCAGAACAGAAAUAUACCCUUGGCAGGUUAAUAACUCGCCUUGUACAUUGAAAGAAACACAGGAAACGAGAGAGAGAGAGAGAGAGAGGGAGAGACAGACAGACAGAAAAAUCAGUGUGCAACCAGAUAUACGCAAGACCAGGAAUUGCUUUGCAGAACCUCCACUAGCUACCGAAGGAGUACCUUUUCCAAAACCAAAGAUGAGCGAGACGAGUAUCUGCCAAGCUCGGGCCACGGUGAUGCUCUACGACGACGCCAACAAGAAAUGGGUUCCGGCAGGUACCGGGCCGCCAGUCUUCAGCCGGGUCCACAUCUACCACAACUCCAGCAACAACGCCUUUCGUGUCGUGGGUCGCAAAAUACAGCAAGACCAGCAGGUUGUGAUAAACUGCCCCAUCGUCAAGGGCCUCAAGUAUAACCAGGCCACGCCGAGUUUCCACCAGUGGCGUGACAUGCGUCAGGUCUGGGGGCUGAACUUUGGGAGCAAGGAGGAUGCCACGCUCUUUGCCAACGGGAUGCACCACGCCCUGGAGGUGCUCGAGGGCACGGCAAGUGUGGGACCUGGUGCCCCACGAGUGGUGAAUAAUGGACCAACCGCUGAAGAGCUGGAGCAGCAAAGGAGGCAGCAACUGGAGCAGCAGCAAAAACUGGAGCAGCAGAAACUGGAGCAGGAACGUGAACAGCAGGAGCGACGCAGUGCAGCGGCUGCCCCUCCUGCUCCUGCAGGCGGUGCCCCUGGACCGCCACCCCCUCCGGGACCCCCGCCUCCCCCCGGCCCACCCCCGCCUCCCGGACCCCCGCCUCCCCCUUCAGGGGGUGGGCCGCCCCCUCCCCCGCCCCUCCCGCCCUCCAGCGGUCUGUCGGGCGGCAGUUCUGGGGGGGGCCUCGCGGAGGCGCUACAGGCUGCCAAGCUGAAGAAGACGGCACGGGCUGAGGAGAAUGCUCGCUCGAGUGGAAGCUCCAGCCCCAGGAGUGACAGCAACAGAAGUGGGGGCGGAGGGGGCAGUGGUGGUGGUGGUGGUGGUGGUCUGAUGGAGGAGAUGAGCGCCAUGUUGGCAAGAAGACGGAAAGUGACAGACAAGCCUCCCCCGAAGAAGGAGGAAGAACCAAACGAAGAUGUCACCACGGCGCCGAAAGUGCCAAGUGUUCACAGCAGCGAUUCUGUUAAGAGACCAUGGGAAAAACCCAGCUCGGCAGUCUCCAGAGGCAACUCCAUACUGAAGACGGCCGAUUCCUCAAGCAGCACACCCGGCGGGGUUCAUCCUAGGGUGAAGCUGGCUCCCAGCAGCAACGAAGUGACCUCGGACGACAGCGACGUAGAUCGGAUGAAGCAGGAGCUGCUAGAGGAAGUAAAGAAAGAAUUGCAGAAGGUCAAGGAUGAGAUCAUUGCAGCCAUCCGACAGGAGAUUCAGCAGCUGAGUUCGACAUAGUUUUCACGCCGCAGAUCCUCUUGCAAGUCACAAGUGGGCGUGGGAGCACAUCUGAAGUCGGGACAGUACUGCCAAAAAAACCUGAUUUAAAUCAAAGACACCACUCCCCCCUCGCGGUGUUUAGUGGAGAUGGAUGCGGGGGGAGUGGGUGACAUGGGUGGGGAACACAAAGACCUUUUUUUUUAAUCAAUUUAAAAAGCAAAAAAAUAAAUAAAUAAAUUGGGAGGGUGGGGUGAGAUAAGCACUCUUUAAUCGGCUUCACAAAUGAAUUUAAACUUGUUUCGAUCCUUGCCCUUUCAGUUCUGGCUAAUUUCUUUUUUGAGUUCUUGAUCGUUGAGAGGGGGAAUUUCUUGAUUUUAUUUUGUUUCCUUUAUUUUUUUUUCCUUAAAUUUACUAAAACAGUGGUGGAGGAUUCUAUCAUUUAGUCUUUCAGGUAACUCACUUUCCUUAGAAACUUCCUGAUUUGCUUUUUGCAGUUUUUUUUUUGUUUGUUUUUUUUAUUAUUAUUCCUGUCUGUGACUGGGGAGAUAAAUGUCAGGGUCAGAGAAGAAAAAUCGACGCGGAGAUUUUGGCUCCUCUCGGACGCUUAGCGCGUCCCUGGGGGAUGGGUCGGCUUUUAAAGCGGCAGUAUUCAGGACCUUGGAGUCCGAGAUGUUUGGAUAUUAAGAAUUGUUUGACUUAAAGCUGCGUGAUUGUCUGACUUAUGGGAUUGGGGGUUUGGGGUGGGGGGGGUGGGGUUAAUCUUUGUGAUUCUGUGCCAACCAACUUAAAAUGGUGGUCUACCCACCGUAUUGUAACACACAAGUCAUCCAUAUUGUUCAUCGUGUAGUCCCUCAAGGAAAUCAGCCCCUGUGACACCUCCCACUCCCCCCCCGUCCCCCCCAACCUAGGGUGACCUGUCCGGGGAAGGGGGGCCGGUUGGGGGGGUGGGGUGAGGCGGGUAAAAUGACUCAGCGUGUGGCCUCCGGUCUCUUCACCCUCCCGCCACCCAUGACCUUGGCAUUCCACAGGCGCGCGGGGACUUCAUUAAAGGUCAGGGAGGGUACAGGCCAAGCUGAGAUUCCCGGCCACUGCCGGUCCCCGUCCCCCAUUCCCCCCCCCCCCCUCACCGUGUUUUCUAGCCAAUGGGGGGCUGGAGGGACUUGCGGGUGGGAAUGUUCCAGCUGCCCCCACAGCAAAGCCUCUGUUGACCAGGGGUGGGUGGCUGGGUGGGUGGGUGAGGGAGAAAUCGCAGGCGCAAGACCCUCUGCCCGAUGUUCCCAAGCUUCCUCCUCAAGCAACCUGUCACCUGGGAGCAUGGAUGCGGGAGGGGGGAGAAACUGCAGGUGACGAUGGCUUAACCGGACCAUUCACAAGCUGGACAUACGGUGGGGAAUCACAGGAGUGGGCAUAUCGGCUGGCUUAACAAUUCAAAGGGGGAUUUGUCUGGGGUUGCAUGGGGGAA